AUGCUCAAAACUACGUGGAUACAUUUGUGGAUGACAGAUCUUCUCGGAGGACGCUGCACUGAAGCUUGGCUGAGUAGGCGAUUCAAGAAAUCUAUCCCUUCUCUUGAGGAUAUUGUACAGGUAUAUCAAGAAGUCCUCAAGGUACCUCGCUUCGGUUCUCGGUCCUCAGUGAGACUUAUCUUACCCAACCCAGUGCCUCUUUUGCUUGAGACUCUCGAAGGCGUGCAGUACGAACACAAGGAUCACCGGAAGCUCAUAGAUGAAAUUUAUACCAAGCCUUUCCAGACUGUCAAUAAUCUCGUCAAAUAUGGCGAGAUGAUCGAGUCAACGCUAGAUCUCAAAAAUCAUAAUUACGCGAUCAAGCCUGGCUAUGAUGAGCGUCUGCAAGCUCUGGCAGAUAAACUUGUGGAGAUCUGGGAUGGUCUUGCUGCCGAACAUUCAUCGUGCAACCGACAAGGAUCUCGAUCUCGACAAGAAGCUGCACCUCGAGAACUCCCAGAAUUAUGGAUACUGCUUCAGGUUGACGAAAAAUGACGCGAAAGUCAUCAUGCGGAACAGCAGAUAUAUCGAACUCGGGACUGUGAAGAACGGAGUUUACUUUACGACCGAGUAGCGGAAAGCAGUUUCCACGGACCAUCAAGAGACUACGUAUGAAUAUCAGCGGACGCAGAGCGGGUUGGUGAGGGAAGUUGUCAGCAUCACAUCAACAUAUACUCCGGUACUAGAGAAUCUUGACCACAUCAUUACACACCUAGACGUUAUCCUCCGGUGAGCCCCGUGAUUGAAGCCUG